UCCCACAACUCCUCCUCUCUCUCUCUCUUUCUAUCUAUAGAGUGCGAGUUUGUGUGAUGGCUCAGACUACUCCAAACCACAAGCUGACUGUUUCUGGGUGGGCUGCUCACGACUCCUCUGGCAACAUCACACCUUACACCUUCAAGCGCAGAGAAAAUGGGGUCAAUGAUGUAACCAUUGAAAUUCUUUACUGUGGGAUAUGCCACACUGAUCUCCACCAAGCCAGGGACGAUUGGGGCACCACUAUGUACCCUAUUGUACCAGGCCAUGAAAUUACCGGGAUUAUAACGGAGGUGGGCUGCAAUGUGUCCAAUUUUAAGGUAGGCGAUAGGGCAGGAGUAGGGUGCUUGGCAGCAUCAUGCUUGAACUGUGAGUACUGCAAGGAUGGACAAGAGAACUACUGCGACCAACUUCAGUUUACCUACAAUGGCAUUUUUUGGGAUGGUAGCAUCACUUAUGGAGGCUACUCCAAGUUUCUUGUAGCAGAUCACAGGUAAUAUAACUUGCCAAAAAAAAAAAAAAA